AUGCUUCCCCAGAUUUCGUCAGGGUGUGGCCUUCUAGCCCUGGCCCUUUCGGCCCUCCCAGUCGCUGCUUCUGCUUCUUCUGGACCUGGCCCAGAGGCAUGUGGGAAUUUAACGCAGUCGCUCGGCGAAAAGACCGUCGUCACCAACACCCUAAGCCUCCAAUACAUCAAUUCGCAAACCUCGUACUUCAACACCGAGCAGAACAAAUACAAGCCGUCCUGCAUCGUCUAUCCAACCUCAGCGCAAGACGUCUCCGACGCAAUAAAAGCGAUCCGCAAAUCCGACUCCCGGUUCGCUAUCAAGGCCGGCGGACAUAACCCUAACGACUUCUACUCGUCUGUCGACAAGGGCGUGCUGAUCGAUCUCUCGUCUCUAACGGAGAAGUCGUACGAUGAAGAUUCAAAGCUCGCGACGUACCAGCCCGGCGGCACGUUUGGAGAUGUAUACGAGUACUUUGCGCAGUGGAAUCGCACCGUUGUGGGUGCGCGGUUGGCGGGUGUAGGGACGGGGCUUGCCCUCGGCGGUGGUCUCUCGUAUCUGUCUAGCCAAUAUGGAAUGGCCUGCGACUCGUUCCGGGAGCUUGAGGUUGUGCUGCCCUCUGGCGAGAUCGUUACUGCGUCUGAGAAAAGUAACCCCGAUCUGUUCUUUGGUUUACGUGGCGGCGGUGGGAAUUCCUAUGGUGUUGUCACGAAGUAUACGGUCCAGAGUUACCCGGCGAAUACCUUCUAUGCAGGGAAUGUGAUUUAUCUGUUCCAGCAGAACUCGGCUGUGCUGGAUGCGAUCAGCGACUUUGUUCGGUAUAACGAGGACCCCAAGGCUGCGAUCAUUGGGACGUAUAUGAAACUGCCCACCCCGGACCUGGAGUUUAACCUCGACGAGGCGAUCAUCAUGUUCCUGGUCUAUGAUGGCGAGGACGCAGGGGAUGUGUUUAAGAAUUUCACGGAUAUCCCGCAUCUUGCCAAUACGCUUAAGAAGACGGAUUACAACACUGUCGUGAACAUGCCUAUCCCCGGCAGCGCAGAGCUCAAUGCUGGUCGGAACAGCUUCCGGGUCACGGUGCACAGCGGCGACAAGCAGGGCAUCGACAACCUGAACGAUCUGUACGAGAAGUGGCGCGCCUGGAGCGAGAAGAACAAGGGCCAGUACAUCCUGACCUCGUUCGACAUCCAGCCCGUCCCGAAGUCGCUCACGGAUGCCUCGACCUCGAACUUUGGCGGCAAUGCGAUGCAGAUGCCGGAUGGGCCGUGGUACUGGGUCAAUUAUCUGCUGACGGCGUCGCCGCUUCUGUCGGAGGAGGAUUUGCAGAAGGUGCAGGACAGUUACAGGGACCUUGUCGCGGCGGUGCCCCCGACCGAGGGAUUGCCGUUGUUUAUUAAUGAUGCGGCGCAUGACCAGAAUGCGCUGGCUACGUACGGGGGGUAUGAGAAGUUGAAGAGCAUCAAGGCCAAGUAUGAUCCGGAUGGCUUCUUUAGUGCGCGGACUGGGGGGUGGCAGUUUCCAUGA